AUCACCAUUUGGCAGCCCUUAGCCAGCGGCUCUCCCUCCUUACCUUCCACAUUCACACUUCUGAGACUGAGCAACAAGUGAAGCCUUUCUGCCAUUAGAAGCUGGUGGUGACAACAGAGACAAAUAGGGGUUACGUUGAUUUGUGAACAGUUUUAAAAAUAGACUGGAAGGCAAUGCAAAGACUUGCAUUUGAAUGUGCAUGCUUUGAUUCUGAUAACUUUGCUGUUAUCAAAGAGAAAAGACACCUUUUGCUUCCUGUUUUCCAAAAGAACCUAGUUGCAUAUUAGGGCGGGGAUUCUGACCCUAUUUUGGCAAAGCACAAGAGAAUUUGAAUUGCUGGAGUUUCCCACAUAGGCAGUGUCAACAAGUUGGUCCACUGAAGGGAGAGAAGGGCUGUGAAGACAGCUUUCACUUUCAGAUCUUCUGCUCCAGGGAGUGAGAGCAGUCAUGGCCGCUAAGGGACCGCCCAAAGAAGACCCAGUCAACAAGGUGAAAUUGAUGGCCAGGAAUGUGCUUGAUGGCAUUUUUGAUGACUUGAUGGAAAACAGAGUGCUAAACAGAGAUGAGUUACGAAAAAUAGGAGAUGGUGUGAACCUCAUCAUGAACAACGCCGAAAACCUGGUUGAGGAUAUCACCGGGAAAACUCAAAUGGCAGGCAAAAUAUUUAUGGAACGCCUCUUCAAGCCAAAGCAACUGAGUUUAACAUAUCCUUCUGAAAGUGAGGAUGAUGAGUCUCAGGAAAACUCUGCAUCAUCUUCCUCUUCGACAGAAUCUGAAGAAGAAAGUGAAGAAAGUAGAGAUGAAAAAAAAUGUACAUCAGCCAAGGCAAUGGCUGUCUCUCCUACAGAAUCCAGAAAUGAAGAUGAAGAUGAAGAUGAAGAAACUGAGCAGAGUGCUGGAUUGGCUCAGGCAUCAAUUCUAGCACUGACAGCUCCUCAGGAAACCCAGUGUGUCCAACACAACAAGUUGAAGCUUUGCCCUCGUGACCAUUUUCAUAAACUGAAGACAAAAAAGGCAGAUGAGAUCUAUCCAGUGAUGGAGAAGGAAGGCCGAACACGCCUGGCCCUCAUCAUCUGCAACAAAGAAUUCACGCAUCUCCCUAAUCGGUAUGGUUCUGAAAUUGACCUUUUGGGGAUGCAAGACCUGCUUGAAAACCUUGGCUACUCAGUGAUUGUAAAAGAGAAUCUGACAGCUCAGCAAAUGGAAACAGAACUGAAGGAGUUUGCUGCCCGCCAAGAGCACCAGUCCUCAGACAGCACAUUCCUGGUAUUUAUGUCCCACGGCAUCCUGGACGGGAUCUGUGGGACAAAGCACAGAGUCCACGAGCCAGAUGUUCUUCCGGACGACACCAUCUUCACGAUCUUCAACAAUCGCAACUGCCGGAGUCUGAAAGACAAACCCAAGAUCAUCAUCAUGCAGGCCUGCCGAGGCAGAGGUAUCGGGAUGGUUUGGGUGGCCGCAGACUCGGGAGAAACCACUGCAGACACGCACGGCCGGCUCCUGCAGCAGCGCUGCGUCUGGAACGAUGCCAUUACAAAGGCCCACGUGGAGAAGGACUUCAUUGCUUUCAAAUCUUCAACACCACAUAAUAUUUCUUGGAGGCUUGACCUAAAUGGAUCACUCUUCAUUUCCCAACUUAUCUACUACUUCAAAGAGUAUUCUUGGUGCAAUCAUUUAGAGGAAAUUUUUCGAAAGGUUCAACAUUCAUUUGAGACGCCAAAUAUACUAACCCAGAUGCCCACCAUUGAAAGAGUAUCCAUGACACGAUAUUUCUACCUCUUCCCUGGGAAUUAAAACUCACUAGAAGGACUACAGGAUAAUGGAGGCAUCAUGGUCUCUAUGAAUCUACUAUUUUUAAAAAGUUAAUUUUUGAUCAAGAGCAUUUUUAUACCAAACUUCUCAACUGCCCAUCCUCCACAAACACCAGACUAAAAUAACUCCCAUAUUGUUACUGAAGUAAUGCUUAAUAAAUUCUUUUAAAAAUA